CCCCCUCACACCACUCGCUGUCCACGCCACUCGCUAUUAACUCCCCGGCGACGAAGCCACCUCCAUCUCAGCCGCGCGCUGACAACAGCAUCAUCGUCCACCACCAUGCUGUCCCUGCCUUCAGCAAAGACGGCCCUCCGCUCGUCCGCCACCGCCCCCGCGAGGAACACCCUACGCACCCUCACCACCUCCGCCACCCAUCAGACACUUAGUCAAGAUGGCCAGCAAAAGCGCACAAUGGCGACGGUGCAAGACGCUCCGCCCGUGAACCACUCUCGCUCCCUUCAAGACAAGGAUCGCAUCUUCCAGAAUCUGUAUGGCCACCAUGGCGCCGACCUCAAAUCGGCCAUGAAAUACGGCGAUUGGUACAAGACGAAGGACAUUCUGCUCAAGCAUCAUGACUGGCUCAUUGCCGAGAUCAAGGCUUCGGGCCUGCGAGGGCGAGGAGGAGCAGGGUUCCCGUCGGGCAUGAAGUGGAGUUUCAUGAAUUUCAAGGGAUGGGAGAACGACACCAAGCCCCGGUAUCUUGUCGUCAAUGCAGACGAAGGCGAGCCGGGCACGUGCAAGGAUCGUGAGAUCAUGAGAAAGGACCCGCACAAGCUAGUUGAAGGGUGUCUAGUUGCGGGAAGGAUGAUGAACUGCACUGCAGCAUACAUCUACAUCCGUGGCGAGUUUUACCACGAAGCUACCGUUCUCCAACGUGCCAUCCAGGAAGCCUACCAAGCGGGCUUCCUCGGCAAGAAUGCGUGCGGCAGUGGCUACGACUUCGACGUGUUCUUGCACCGCGGAAUGGGCGCUUACGUGUGUGGAGAAGAAACAUCCCUCAUUGAAUCGCUCGAGGGCAAGGCGGGCAAGCCUCGACUGAAGCCACCUUUCCCGGCUGCCGUGGGUGUCUUUGGCUGUCCCAGUACCGUCGCAAACGUGGAAACCAUUUCAGUCGCGCCGACAAUCAUCCGAAGAGGUGCGAAGUGGUUCUCUUCUUUCGGGCGGGAGAGAAACCAAGGCACCAAGCUUUUUUGUAUAUCCGGCCACGUCAACAACCCCUGCACUGUCGAAGAAAGCAUGUCAAUCCCCAUGAAGGAGCUCAUUGAGAAGCAUGCAGGCGGCGUGCGAGGCGGCUGGGACAACCUCAAGGCCGUCAUUCCCGGCGGCUCCUCCACGCCCAUCCUCCCCAAGAAGAUCUGCGACGACCAACUGAUGGACUUUGAUGCUCUCAAGGACAACCAAUCAGGUCUCGGGACCGCCGCCGUCAUCGUCAUGGACCAGUCUACCGACGUCGUGGAAGCAAUUGCGCGACUGGCGAAGUUCUACCACCACGAAUCGUGCGGACAGUGCACCCCGUGCCGUGAGGGCAGCGCGUGGCUCGACAACAUGAUGGCGCGUUUCGUAAAAGGACAAGCACGAGAGAGGGAAAUCGAUAUGCUCCAGGAACUCACGAAGCAGGUCGAAGGCCACACGAUCUGUGCUCUUGGAGAGGCUUUUGCCUGGCCUCCUCAGGGAUUGAUCAGACAUUUCCGCCACGAACUCGAGGCCAAGAUUCGAGACCGUGCUUCAAAGGAGGGAGCACAGACAUUGGCUGGAGGCUGGGAGCACGAUGCUGUGAGGAAGGGAAUGCUGAUCUCGCCGGGACAAUGAUGAGGGCGGAGAUAUAGCAUGCAGUCGGUGGCGUGUACAUACCGUAGUUCCAGUGUUGGCUUGUGGCGCAUUCGAUAGGCGUAGAUACUUCUUAUUAUUGCGAGUUUCGAUGAUCACUCGAUUCUCG